AAUUCAAAUUUCCCUCGAGGAAAUCACGAAAAUAGACGAAAACUCGCCGAACACAAAUGGAAAACGAGCAGUAGUUGAGGAUAUAUUGAUGGAGUGCCUUUGGGAAGUUAAUAAAAUAUCCUAAAGUAAACAUUGUAGUAUAUUUCGUUUAUAGUACAUUAAUAUCUGAAGAAAAUGUAUCAAUAUGAAAAGACAUGAACUUCCAUUAAUAAAUCCAAGAAAUAUGAAGGAAACAAAUCACUAUUUGGUUCAAUUUUUAAUGAGGUAUUUUUAAAUAUCUUGCAAUAGAGUGAAACGUUAAAAUUCCCCUAAGCACAGCUUAUUUGUGAUUUAUUCACAUCACUUGGCACUUGUACUUAAAAACAAAAUGUGUGUUUUCAGUUUAAAACAUCCUUUGCUACAGGUAUCCUUUUCAUAAUAAUUAGUACCAGAAAAUGGGGGAAGUCAAUCUUCCCUAACUACUAAUAUGGUAACAAUGAACUCGGAUAAGGCUGCUGUGAAACGCGGAGCAACUUCUAACGAAGAGACUUCUUCGUUGCAGCAACCAACUUCCUGCGAUGAAUCUCCUAAUCUAUUGGUUUACAAAAAUAUGGAAAAAAUCAUUGAAAAAAUGCAAGAUGAGGCCACAGGUGUCCCUGUGAAAACAGUAAAAUCAUUUAUGUCAAAGAUUCCCUCUGUGUUUACUGGCACUGAUUUAAUAACUUGGAUGAUGAAACAUUUAGAUGUGGAGGAACAGCAAGAAGCAUUGCAUUUGGCUCAUCUUAUUGCUUCGCACGGAUAUUUUUUCCCUAUUGAUGAUCAUAUGUUAACAGUUAAAAAUGACGGCACCUUUUACAGAUUUCAGACUCCAUACUUUUGGCCAUCGAAUUGUUGGGAACCAGAGAACACAGAUUAUGCUGUCUAUUUAUGCAAAAGAACAAUGCAGAACAAGACUAGAUUGGAACUGGCAGAUUAUGAGGCAGAAAAUUUAGCUAGGCUUCAGAAAAUGUUCUCCAGGAAAUGGGAAUUCAUUUUUAUGCAAGCAGAGGCACAGAGCAAGGUGGAUAAGAAACGGGAUAAGCUGGAAAGGAAAGUUUUAGACAGCCAGGAAAGAGCGUUUUGGGACGUUCACAGACCUAUGCCUGGUUGCGUGAAUACAACGGAAAUUGAUAUUAAGAAAGCCUGCCAAAUGAAGAAACCUACCAAGGGAUUAAAGAGUUUGCAAAUAGGUCCAGCAAAAUUGUCUCCUUCCACAUCAGGGUUACAUUCAAAAGUCACAGUAGAUUCAUUAAAAAGGCAGAUUAAUUUGCUUAAAUCUCAGUUGGAAAGGAGAAAUAUUAAAGUAUCGAAAGCUGCAGAAUCGUUUUUAGCGUACUAUGAGCAGUAUUUAGAAUACGACCCGUUUUUUGUACCCCCCGAGUAUUUGAACCCUUGGAUAUACGAUAAUACGGAAAUGUGGGAUCAAGAAAAAUUAGCCAAAGACAUAUCAGCCCGUCGCGUAAGGAGAUGGGCUUUCAGCCUUCAGGAACUGCUUGCUGAUCCUGUGGGCAGAGAACACUUCGAAAAGUUCCUUGAUAAAGAAUUUAGCGGCGAGAAUUUAAAGUUUUGGGAAGCUGUGCAAGAAUUGAAGGCGCUUCCUCAAAGCCAAGUACAAAAAAAAGUGUCUGAAAUCUGGGACUACUUUUUAGCGUCUGAUGCAAAAUGUCCGCUAAACAUUGACUCGCAAUCUUACGAAUUUACUAAGAAAAAUAUGGAAGUACCUGAUAGAUGGACAUUUGAUAUCGCGGGGGCGCAUGUAUAUCAUUUAAUGAAAAGUGAUAGUUACUCGAGAUAUCUUCGUUCAGAGAUGUACAAAGACUUUUUAAAUGGUUCCAAGAAAAAGACAUCUGUAAAAGGUAUUCGCUCAAUAGUAUCUUUUACAGGACGAAAAGACAAUGUAACUUAGAGUAGAAUAAUAAUCACUUUGUAAUCAAAUUUACUCAUUUUUUAGUGAGUGAAAAUUAUCGACAAUACUAUAUUCGCCAGUACGGCACGUUUCUGUUGACGUUACAAAAAAAUAUUUGUUGUGACACAAAAAAAAUCAUUGUUAGGUCAGUAAUUUUUCGAGGAUAUUUUCAAAAGAUAAUUAUUAUAUUGACCUUAUAGUGACUCGGUAUGACUUCAUUAAAAUGUUCUUGAUAUUUUUUAAACAAAAUGAAUAUCAACUUGGUAUAUGAUUUGAUUUUUUUUUUGGACUGAUUAAGACUAAAGAAGUGGUUUUAUUUUGAAAGGUACUGUGUCACUGUAAUAGCUGUUAAGUUGAUAUUAUUUAAAAAAGCAGUGUGAGCAAAAUUUGAACACUGCCAAAGGAAGCUAAAAAAACGGGUGUAUCUGUGAAAUAUAUACAGGUCUUUAAAAAAACGGGUAGUUAUCCCAUAUAAAAAAAAACGAGUAGCGUAAGUAACCCAUUUUAGUGAUUGUACUGAUGAAAAACCAAACAGCACACAUAUAAUGCUAAGGUUCUCAUUUAAUUUUGUAGUGGAAUUUAAUUUUUAUCUACAUAAAAUAGCUCCUCUUUAUUUAGCUAGUUUUAUAUAUAUAUUUUUUUUAAUUUGAAAUAUUUAUUCGAACUGAUAUACAGGGUCUGCCAAAAAUUAUUGAAAAUUAUAUUUCUUGAUAGUCUUUUCCUGUUUUGAUAUUUUUGAAUAUAUUAUCCCAUAAUACCACGUUUUGUAAGAGUUAUCAAAAUUAAUCAUAUAAACAUUUUUUCAACAACUUGAUAAUAAAAAUUAAUUUUGGCACGCCUUGUACGUAUACAUAUUUUAUUAGUAUUAUAAAAGUAUUGGUUCUAAAUGACUUGACAGCCUGUAUUACAUUGUAUUAUUUAUUUAUUUAUUUAUUUUUAUUGAUUGCGCUGAAUACAAGGACACUGGACUGAAAAGAAUUUUGGGGGAGGGGGUGUUGACUAAAAUUCUAUCAGGAAUGCUUGUUAAAGCGUGAGUAUUUGGUCCUCUGUAUUUCAAAAAUUUCAAGGAAGUUACUUUGUAGUGCAAAAUCAUAAUGAAAAAAGUAUUGAUGUAUGUUUUUUCUGGUAGUCUGUGGGUUGACUAGAACUUUAGAGCAAUUUUUUAACAGAUUAGCUUCUUAGAAUGGCUGGUAGAUUUCUGAUGGCAGUUAUAGAUGAAAUUAGAACUUGCCAAAAUUUUACCUGGUCAGUUUUGUAUUUAUUUGCACGAAAAUCCUUAUUCCUUAUGCAAUGCGUACGUACCGGUUGUGUUCAGAUUACCUUAUUGUCGUUUUUCAUGCACAGGACUGUUGUCCAAUGCACGUCAAAUCUAAUCCAGUUUGAUUUAACGUAUUUUUCUCAGUAUUAAGACGUAUUUAAUUUUAAUCACGCCUUUCAUAACUAAUAUGGGGAUAUAAAUAUUAUAUCGUGCUAGUAUAUAUAUAUAUAUAUAUAUAUAUAUACAAUUUUUUUAUUACAUCCCCAUAUUUUUAAUUUUUAUAAGCGAUAUUUACAAAAGCGACUUGUGCAUUAUUUAUCAAAAGAAAUGAAGAUAUGAGAGAAGUUUUAUUGAAAUAAUCAAAUAGCAAAACCAAAUGCUUCGAGACCAGUAAUUUUGCCGUAAAAUAUAAUUUCGUAAUAUAUGUACAGACAUCUAGAAAAUAAUGUUAAUUGUAAAGGAGUUGAUGUUAGAUCUAUGUAUCUGUGUAUGGGUGUUUACUGAUAUACAUAGGUGCAUAUAUUAGACUCAAAAAAAAACAUGUCCAGAAUAGAGCAGUUUAACUACACAAGAAAAACUAAUAAAUAAUUGU